UAUAAUUUCUUUUUUAAUUUAAUGGACGCCCAAUGGAUUGGGUAAUAAUUGAUUUCGAUUCUGCAUAUAAGGUGUUCGAUAAAAUGACAGAGAGAAAUGUUGUUUCUUGGACUUUGCUGAUAACUAGGCUUCAGCAAUUGGGCUAUUCACGAGAUGCCAUUGAUUUUUUUAUCAAUAUGGUUUCGAGUGAGUAUAUACCAGAUAAAUAUGCACUAAGCGGGGUUGUUUCAGCUUGUGCAGAAUUGAGAUUGUUAUCAUUUGGGCAGCAAUUGCAUUCUUGGGCCAUAAAAUCAGGAUUGUUUUUGGAUGUUUGUGUUGGGUGUAGUUUGGUGGAUAUGUAUGCAAAGAGUAGAAAGGAUGGAUUUAUGGCUGAUUCUAGGAAGGUGUUUGAUCGGAUGUCAGAUCAUAAUGUUAUGUCUUGGACUGCAAUUAUUACAGGGUAUGUGCAGAGUGGAGGGUAUGAUAUGGGAGCUGUUGAAUUAUUCCUUGAAAUGAUUAAAGGACAAGUCAAACCAAACCAUUUCACAUUGUCUAGCAUUCUCAAGGCAUGUGCAAAUCUUUCUGAUCUGCCUACGGGUGAACAAGUUUAUGCCUAUGCAGUGAAAUUGGGGCUCGCAUCAGUUAAUUGUGUGGGGAAUUCUCUUAUUAGCAUGUAUGCUCGAAGUGGUAAUAUGGAAAAUGCUAGGAAAACUUUUGAUGUUCUAUUUGAGAAGAAUUUGAUUUCUUACAAUACAAUUGUCAAUGCUUAUGCAAAGAGUUUGAAUUCUGAAGAAUCAUUUGAGCUUUUUAUUGAAAUUGAGGAUACAGGGACUCAGGUUGAUGCUUUUACAUUUGCUAGCCUUCUGAGCGCAGCAUCUAGCAUUGGUGCAAUUGGUAAAGGUGAGCAAAUCCUUGCUCGGAUACUGAAAUCAGGUUUCAACUCAAGCCUUCACAUUUCUAAUGCUUUGAUCUCUAUGUACUCUAGAUGUGGAGAUAUAGAAGCUGCUUUUCAAGUUUUUAAUGCUAUGGGAGAUCGCGAUGUUAUAUCUUGGACUUCAAUGGUCACCGGUUUUGUAAAACAUGGAUUUGCUGUAAGGGCUUUGGAGACCUUCCACAAAAUGCUAGAGGCAGGUGUGAGGCCAAAUGAGAUCACAUAUAUUGCUGUUUUAUCAACUUGUAGUCAUGUGGGUUUGAUUUCUGAGGGAUGGAAACACUUCAAAUCAAUGAGUAUGGAACAUGGUAUUGUCCCAAGGAUGGAACAUUAUGCUUGUAUGGUUGAUUUACUAAGCCGAUCAGGAUGUCUUGAGGAAGCAAUGGAACUCAUUAACUCGAUGCCUUUCAAGGCUGAUGAUUUGGUACUUCGUACUUUUCUCGGAGCUUGUCGAGUACAUGGUAACAUAAAUCUUGGGAAACAUGCUGCUAAGAUGAUUCUUGAGCAAGACCCAAAUGACACAGCGGCAUACAUCCUUCUAUCAAAUUUGUAUGCUUCUAAUGGUCAAUGGGAUGAAGUGGCAGAAACUAGAAAAAACAUGAAAGAGAGAAAUUUGACUAAAGAAGCAGGUUGUAGCUGGAUCGAGGUGGAAAAUAAAGUGCAUAAGUUCUAUGUGGCUGAUACUUCACACCCACAAGUUUUAGAGAUUUAUGAUGAACUGGAUCAAUUGGCUCUAAAAAUAAAGGAAUUGGGCUAUGUUCCAAGCACAGAUUUUGUUCUUCAUGAUGUUGAGGAGGAGCAAAAGGAGCAAUAUUUGUUUCAACACAGUGAGAAAAUUGCUGUUGCAUUUGGUUUCAUCAGCACAUCUAAAUCUAAACCAGUAAGGGUUUUUAAGAAUCUUAGAGUUUGUGGAGAUUGUCACACAGCAUUCAAAUACUUUUCAAUCGUCAAAGGAAGAGAAAUUGUGGUGAGGGAUUCCAAUCGAUUCCAUCAUUUCAAGGAUGGGAAAUGCUCUUGUAAUGAUUACUGGUAAAAUGAGUUGGAGCUAAUGGUGAUCUUGAUCUUAUUCUUGAGUUGUCUCGAUGUACUGCUUGUAAUGCGAUUGCAAAUAGCUUCCAAAUUUCAAGAAUUGUCACUUUGAUGAUCA